AUGCGUCUUUUGUUGAUGUUAUCGUUAACAGUAGUGACAGUCUUAGGUCAAAGUACGAUCACUGUUAAUACCAGACUAGGUGUGCUUACAGGUGUAGCAUCGUCUGUCAAUGAUGGAAAUACAAGUUAUCAACUGAGAAUAUACAGAAAUAUACCCUAUGCCAAACCUCCAGUUGGCCAGCUUAGAUUUAAGGAACCCGUGCCUUACGGGAAGUGGUCCGGAAAUCUAGAUGCUACACAAUUUGGACCAUCAUGCGUUCAGUUACCAUCACCGUCAGUCAACCAAUUUCUUCCAAAUUUAAAUCAAUCCGAAGAUUGUUUACAGUUAAAUAUUUAUGCACCUGUUAACGCUUCGUCUUCAAGUAAAAAGUCGGUUAUGGUCUGGAUACAUGGUGGAGGUUAUUCAAGCGGACAAGCGAUGCUUUAUGAUGCGUCUUAUCUCUCUGCGCUUGGUGAUGUAGUCGUAGUAACAGUAAAUUACCGUUUACAUAUAUUAGGAUUUUUUAGCACAUCUGACAGUGUCGCACCUGGUAAUUAUGGUCUUUGGGAUCAAAAGCUUGCUAUCCAAUGGGUUCAUGAUAAUAUUGAUCAAUACGGAGGAGAUUCGUGUUCUGUUACUAUCUUUGGGGAAUCGGCCGGAGGAUUCAGUGUGGCUCUACAGGCCAUAAAUCCAAAUAAUACAGGACUAUUUCAAAGAGUUAUUGCACAAAGUGGUGUUAGCAAUACGUUGUUGGCUACAUCACCAAUUCCUCGACUAACGGCUAAAGCACUUGCAAAUGAUUUGGACUGUUCUGAUGCAUUGACGAGUGAUACUAUGUCUUGUCUGCGGAAUAAAUCUGUCGAUGAAAUUAGAGGUUCAUUACUUACACUUACAAAACAAUUUUAUUUGACACCUGAUAUACAUAUUUACAUCGCAUUUGCUCCUGUUGUUGAUAACAAAUUCCUGAUUGACACACCACAAAAUAUAAUAAGUGGAAAAGGCCCCGGAUUUGAGUUUUACAAGUCAUUAGAUGUGAUAAUAGGAAACUGUGAAUCAGAAGGUUCCUUACUAGUAAGUGAGAUGCGGAGAAGAAAUUAUACGAAUUUGAAAAAUGGCAUUCCAUCAGAACUUUUGUGUAAAAAUAUAAUACCUACACUUGCAGUUGACUACUUUCAGAAUAACACUGAAAUUAUCAAACCUAUAUGUGAUCAGUAUAAAGUCAAUGGACUACUAAAGCAAAGUAUGAGUGCUAUAAACUAUUAUGGAGACAUUUUUAUGUAUAGUCCAUCAGUUCAAAAUCUUCAGGUCCACGCAGCUCAAAGCAAUCACAACCAUUUUCAAUAUAUUAGCAGACGUUCUUCUAUCUGGUCAGUGUCUAAAAAAUAUGCUCCAUGGUUUGUAGGGUCAGGUCAUGCGUCAGAGUUACCGUUCUUGUUUCCAUUUAAAUCGUUGUCUAAUGCUACAGAAGAUGACAAAAAUUACAGUGUAACUAUGAUGAAGUAUUGGUCUAAUUUCGCAAAAACAGGGUACGUAUAUUGUCUACUUCCUUUGCAAUAG